CAAUCCGCCGUUAAGACGUACACGCGCCUGUCGGAGAAGUGGGCCUGUCGGAUGCAAACUUGAGACCCUCAAACCAUAAUACUUCUACCUCAAUUUUCUACUUAAUUAGGCCUCAUGCCCGGGAAUCUCCGCCCACCUCCUUAAACAACUCAGGGUCAUACGUGAAACACGUCGGACGUAGCACGACCGGCUCUGAACCGCAGCCAUGGCGCACCCGCCUACCACAGACCCCGCAAACACCACAGACAUGCCCAUCUCCACCAGCACCACUGGUACGCCUGCCGCCAUGAACAACCCCAACCCUGAAACCGAAACAACCGAUCCCGAAACCGAUUUCCUCCUCCAGAGCUAUAUCCGCCUCCGCCACGCCAUCAGCACCAAGACCCACCGCGGGGGGGACGACGACGACGACGACGACGGCCAGCACCAGCACCGCCACCACCACCACCGCCACCAGCAGCCUUCCGAUCGUCGCCCCGUCCUCCCGACGCGCGAGGCCCUCGCCGCGGCGCUGUCGUCGCUGCCGACGCGGGGGUCGCCGUCCUACCUGGAGGGGAGGGGCGCGGCGCAGACGCACGCGCACCUGCUGGCCGCGCUGCUGCCCGCGCUCAACGCGCAGGCGCUCUCCCCGCGCUACUACGGCUUCGUCACCGGCGGCGUGCUGCCCGUCGCCGAGGCCGCCGACAACCUGGUCACGGCGCUCGACCAGAACGUGCAGGUGCACUUUCCCCUCCCUCCCGGUCCCGGUUCCGGUGCCCCCGAGAAGGAGGAGGAGGAGGAGGAGGAGGAGGAGGAGGAGGGCCCCGGGUGGACGCACUCGGCCAGCACGGCAGUCGAGGAUGCGGCGCUGCGGAUGCUGAUCGACCUUCUGCAUCUCGACGGCGAGGAGGACGACGAGGGGAAGGGAGCGAGAACCGACCCCAGGUGGCCCGGGCGGACGUUCACGACGGGCGCGACGGCGAGCAACGUCCUGGGCCUGGCGUGCGGGCGCGAGGCGGUGGUGAACGCGCGGGCGGCUCGGGCGGGCGGGAAGAAGACGGUCGCCGGGGACGGGCUGCUGGCGGCGUGCCUGGCGGGCGGCGUGAGAGAGGUGCAGGUGCUGACGAGCAUGGGCCACUCGUCGCUCGCCAAGGCGGCCAGCCUGGUCGGGCUGGGCCACGGCAGCAUCAAGGACGUCGGCGUGCCGGGCGAGCCGUGGAGGCUGGACCUGGACGCCGUCGAGAGGGAGCUCGAGAGGGAAGACGAGGGUGUAUUGAGCAUCGUGGUGGUGAGCGCGGGGGAGGUGAACACGGGGAGGUUCGCCACCAACGUUCUGGAUAUGCCCAAGCUGAGAAGCCUGGCGGACCGGUACGGGGCUUGGAUCCACGUUGAUGGGGCGUUUGGUCUCUUCGCCCGUGCGUUGCCCAAAACAGACGAGUUCCUGGGACUGCACGCGAACGUUGCCGGGUUGGAGUUGGCGGACAGCAUCGCAGCGGACGGACACAAGCUCUUGAACGUGCCCUACGAUAACGGCAUCUUCCUCUGCCAGCACGCCUCCGUCCUCACGCAGGUCUGCAGCAACCCCAACGCCGCGUACCUCGCAUCAUCUCCCGGCGAUCCCAACGCCAUUCUGAGCCCGCUCGACAUCGGCAUCGAGAACUCCCGCCGCUUCCGCGCCCUGCCGGUGUAUGCCGUCCUCUUGAGCGAGGGCAGGGAAGGAAUCGCCGCCAUGCUGAGCCGAAUGGUCCUCCUCGCGCGGGAGAUCGCUGCCUUUGUGCGGGACUCGGACCACUACGAGUGGCUCCCCACCGAGGAGGCGUCGUUGGAGAGCACGUACAUUAUCGUGCUGUUCCGGGCCAAGGACCCCGAGCUGAACGAGGUGCUGGUCGAUCGCAUCAACGCGUCGGGCAGAAUGUUUGUCAGCGGGACCAAGUGGGAGGGGAAGAAAGCGGUCCGCAUUGCUGUCGCGAGCUGGCGCGUCGACGUUGAGAGGGAUGCGGCGGUUGUCAAGGAGGUAUUGACCGCUAUUGCCGUCGGCCGAAAGUGUUAAACGGUAGCUUGUCCAGUCCUGGUCGCGAACACACAGGGCAAGAGAGAAUAGUAGCCGAGCAUAUCUUUUUUUUUGUCUCUUUCCGUCCUUUGCUGCUGCUGCGACACCGCGGCGAAUUUUUCGUCGUCCUC